GGGAAAUCUCAUGUCGAUGAGAGCUGUGCGCGACCACUACAAAGCCCAUUAGAAAUGGAAUUUUCGGAUAAGAACAGAUCACUGAUAUUCAUAGAUGAUGAUCGGCCGAAAAAAUUUGUGAGAAACGAGAAAUGGGAUGAAUCGAUUCUUGCUUGGGCAGAUGAGAAGUUGCCACACGUCGAUAUUACGUUUCCGGCCUGCUGCACAUUGGAGGGAUAUCUUUCGCAGCAUACGAAAAAUUUUAAAAAAGUUGCUGGGAUGUUUCCGGAAAUAUACAUAUGCGAUGGGACAGAUGAGCAUGCAGUGAGAAGCUGUGCUGGACAGAUGGAUGCUUAUUUCUGUGUUCAGAUGGUACCCACUGAAAAUGGCAGUAUAGCAAGGUAA